CUGAUUUUAAAACAUUAAUUACUCCACAGAAUUUAAAACUUAAUUAUGAAAAUUCUACUUACAUUUUUGAUUAUACUCCACGUAACUCAAAGUGCAAGAAUUCUAGGAAUAUUCCCAACACCAUCAAUAAGCCAUCAAGUCGUGUUUCGAGCAUUAAUGAAGGAUCUAGCAGCAAAAAAGCAUGAGUUAUUAAUACUUACUCCUGACCCAUUUGAAACAGAGAAUCCAAAUGUCACACAAAUUGAUCUGCAUACAAGCUAUAAAGUGUUUCAUGAGGCAUUAAACUUUGUGGACUUUAAAAAUAGCAACAAGGAUGAGGCUGCUUUAGAGAAUUAUUUCUUUAAUGCUAUAAUGAAGUUCUUUGAGGAACAAAUAUCACAUCCAGGAGUAAAGAAAUUGAUUGCAGAAAAGGAGAAAUACAGCUUUGAUGUCAUCAUUAUAGAAGGUCUGAUUAACUACCCAAUAUUAGCAUUUGGGGAAAUUUUUGAUGCUCCUGUGAUUGAAUUUACAUCAAUGGACAAUUUGGCUGAAAGUCAUGCUUGGAUGGGAAAUGAAGCGAAUCGUGUUCUUCAUCCUGAAAUAAUGUUUUCAUACCAGCAAAGAAGGUUGUCAUUCUUUGAGAGAUGGAAGUGCUUGAAAUUUUUUUUGAAAAAGAAACUCUCAAGAUCCUCACAACUUAACAUCAUGAAUAGUUUCAUUGUGCGUCAUUUUGGAAUUAAAAACCCAAACUUAGCGAUGAUGAGAAGCAGAAUAGCACUUUUAAUGACCAACACACAUCCAGCAAUGGGAUACAUCAGACCGAUCUUGCCUAAUACAAUUCAACUAGGCUUCAUGCAUAUUGAGCCUCCAAAACCAUUAGAAGAUGGACCAUUGAAGAAAUUUUUAAAUGAGUCUGAGCAUGGUGUGAUUUACAUGAGUUUUGGCUCAAAUGUUAUGGCUACAGACUUGGGAGAUGGAACUCAAAAAAUGUUUCUCAAUACUUUCAAAAGUUUAAAAUAUGACUUCAUAUGGAAGUUCGAGAAUGAUGAUUUACCAGAAAAGCCUGAUAAUGUAUUGCUCCAAAAAUGGCUUCCUCAAGCUGAUAUGCUGGCUCAUCCGAAAAUCAAACUCUUUAUUACUCAUGGUGGACAACAAUCAAUGGAAGAAACAAUAGAUCGAACAAUUCCAACAAUAGUCAUUCCAUUUUUAGGAGAUCAAUAUUCGAAUGCUGAAAGAAUGGAGAAAAUGAAAAUUGGUAAGCAUUUGGAACUGCACACACUUACAGAAGAAAAGCUGAAAGCAACAAUUCAUGAAAUGUUGAAUCCAAAGUACAAAGAAAAUAUUCACAAGCUCCGAGACUUGAUUUAUGAUGAACCAAUGACAACAAGAGAGAAAGCAGUUUGGUGGACGGAAUAUGUGAUCAGGCAUAAAGGAGCAAAACAUUUUUACUAUCAUGGCAAGGAAGUUCUAUUUUAUGAAAAAUAUUUUUUGGACUUUGCAGCUUUAGGAUUGAUAAUGGCUGUUUUUUUAAUCAAAAUUAGCUUCGUAGUGAUUUCAAAAUUAGGAACAAUUCGUAAUAGGAAGGUUAAAUCUGAAUGA